AUGUUCUCCCAUCCCGACUGUCUUGUCACUGGCCACCGUGGCUUCAAAGGCAAGUACCCAGAGAAUACCCUUGGAGGGUUUGACAAGUGUUUCAGCGCAGGGGCAACUUUGUUUGAGACGGACGUGUGGACCACUAAAGACGAGGUGUUGGUUAUCUCUCAUGAUGUUAACACUAACAGAGUGUUUGUGGACGAGAACGGCAAUGAGACUAACUAUAACAUUUUAGAAUCCAACUACGACGAAAUCAAGGACUUGCACACUAUUGGCAGCAGGGAAAAGUUGCUCACGUUCAAGGAUCUUCUCAGGUGGUUUGUGAAGGCAGUGGAACACUAUGAUGGCGAGGAUCAAGACGAUUCCUCGAAGCAUCGCAUCAUGCUCGAUAUCAAGAAACUCAAUCCGCCCAAACUUCUUAAGCUUCUUGUGCAAGACUUGAUAGAGGUGCGCAGUGACUUACAAUGGUGGUUCCCAAGGAUCCAGCUUGGGUUGUGGGAUUUGAGAUUUCUCAAGUACUUGAACCAAGAGGACUGGUUUGAUAGAGUCUUCUCGAAAACUUUGCCUCACAAUGGGUUCCGUCAUUUUGAUAUCUUUCACAUCACCGUGGCAUGGCAGUCGAGCUUGCCGUUUAUUGGGUACAAUGAGUACAUUGACCUGUUAGAAAAUGAUAGAUUCUACUUCAAGGCCACUGGAGUUUCCCUAAUAUAUAUCACCACAUGGUCGAAGGAUUUCUUGACGAAGUUCCUACCCCUUGUCAAGCAACAGGACCUCAAGAUGUUUUCUUGGACCGUCAAUAAUCGUGUGCAGCUAGAAUACUUUGCCACUGUUGGUCAGAAGGCCCACAUCAAGGAGUACGGUGUCAUCACCGAUUACCCUGAUAAGAUGGUGCAGCUUGUCCGCGACGUCGAGAACAGCAGACUUGGAUCUGGUGAUGCUGAGUCAUCACCGUUCCUCACCGAGAAAGAUGAAGAAAUAUUUUUGCCACUUACACUUAGGAUUUCGAGCUGGUUCUUCAAGUUCAUUGUCAAUUUCUGUGCUGUAAAGGGAGGUCCGCCCACUUCUGAGACGUCGUAUUCAUCGCCCAUUGACCCCGAGGAGAUCACAACUGUCCCUGUCAACAAACUAUGGGUCAUGGUGUUCUCCACUUGCCAAAAGUAUGGUAUAUUUUAG